CUUCAGUUCGCUAUUAGACACCGGAGAUUAUUGUAUGAUGGUCGGAAACGCACAGUGUUUUGCGGUGGAUGAGUGUUUAUCUUUUCUUUAAUGCCUGGUCUGCGCUAUCUCUUAAUUAAACGGUUUUCGUAGUGUGUAGGAAAAUCGAAAGAAUUGUAGUGGUGCGCUUUCAGGAAAAUUGUAAAAAUUUAAUACAAAUUAUAUGCGGAAGUUAAAGAGUUCGUGCGUGUUUAGGAAAUAAAUAUUUGUUUUUGUAGUGUAAUACAAAAAAUGUUAAAUAUCUAUGCGUGAGUUAAAUGAAUAGCUAGUGAAAAGCAUAAGCAAGAAGAAGCUUGAGCAAAAAUAUAUGUGAAAGAGUAAGCUGAAGAGAGAAUCGUAAUCUUAAAAGCUGCGCGAAAAAAGAUAUGAAAACGUAAUGCGUUAAGUGGUAUAGCGAAGCAGUAGAGUCUGCGGAAUAGCAGAGAAGAAGCUGAUUGGAGAAGUGAUAAAAAAUAUGAAAAAUAAACAAAACGUCGAUGUUUAUCCGCUUUAUUCACGGUGCUUAAAUUUGUUUGUUUUGUUGUAGUGGUGGAAUAUAUGUAUGUAUAAAGCCUAUGCCAAAAAAAGUCAAAGAAAAAUCAAAAAAAUAAUAAAAUUUAAAUUUUCUAAAACAAUUCAAAAUAAUACUAACUAUUAAUUGUUGUUGCAAUAAAACGUGUGUGAAUUAUGUGUGUAACAGUGUGUGUAUAAAGUAGCGAAUGUCAACAACUAAGCAAAUAAACAAAACAAAGAGAACGUAAACAACCAUAACAGCUUCUAUACGCCUGCCACCCCAACCUGCAAGUGCAGCGAAAAUACUUCAGCGGCACACCCUCAGCGCCGCUGCAUACGCAAUUUCAUAUUCAAUGCAAAAAACAGAAAAAAUUGUUUUUGUAAACUGACAUACGUACAUACAUACAAACGUAUAUGUGUAUGCAGACGCGCCCCUAUAUUGACCUGUGAUUUCUGUCUACGUCUGGGAAACAUAAACAUAUGUGAAUAGAUAAUUUACUUACGAAGAAAAGCAGUGAGGACUUGAGAAAAAAGGGGUAUCCGCCAACAAGCUCCAUAGGCUGGCCAGAUCUUUCAACGAAGUGUGAUGUCACCACAUCUGCCUGCAUUGACUGCUACUAAUAUACUGCAAACGCGUUUGCUGCCAACAACACUAACAACAACAACCGUAUAUUUCACAGUAUUAGUCUCCUCAUUGCUGACUGCAUUCCCAACACUUUGUUCGAGUGACGCGACUCUUUAGCUUGCUGCUUUUGUGCAGUAUCUGUUGUUCGCCAACCGCGUGUUACGCAUUUGCUCCAAAUCCCUAAGGCCUCGUCAACGCACCCCACAACUAAUCCCAACGCAUAUGCAUACACAAAACAUUGCCAUAUACAGAGCGAACAACCUACUUGCAUCACUCUAAGUUACUUGUCGUCUUGUGGCAUAUUAAUUGCGUUGCGCGCAUCUGCAUCUCGCCGUCGCUCGACUUGUCGUCGGUACUCUAUCGCACAGCUGUGCUGCUAAAUAUUUCAACUACUGAAAGAUGUCACGACGGUUUUCAUCGUCACACAAACUAACAGCGCUCGUCAAGCUCUUACUGCUGGUCACCAUAUGUUGGCAGGCGACGUUUGCCAACCCGAGCGAAAAUGCACAAACCAAAGCACAUUCAUCAUAUCCACAGACUGGUGAUUUUUUUCCUGCCCUUAAUGAGUUCUCAAGUCAUUCCGUGAUACGCCCUGAAAUUCUACAUGGGCGACAUAAACGCGCCCUGCGAAGCACAUUGGAUGCGGAGGAAGGUCAACACGUUCCGCACAUAACACUCACGUACCAGCACGAAGGUCAACGCGUACACAUUGACCUGCACCGCAACGAUGAGUUACUGCCAGCCGAGCAUUUCCUCCGCUAUCAGAAUUCGAAUUCGCCUACGGGGCGUGUAAUAAAAAAUUUCACAAAGACUGAAUUGGAAUUAUGUCAUUACCAGGGCACCAUUCGCGGCAAGCCGCUUUCCAAUGUUGCCAUAUCCACUUGCAAUGGCGGUGGUGUCAACGGUAUAGUUUACGAUGGCACCGACACAUAUUUCAUACACUCCGGUAGUGAUGGACGAUUGCAGGAUGAUCAUUUUUUAUUUCGACGUGCCGAUUUGCUGAAUAGAAAUGCAACCUGUGGUUAUGACAGCGCCACCGACAACCACGCACACACUCCUUUCGGAAAGCCUGAGAAUUUGCGGCGUAAGAGCGACGAGCAGCCGCAGGUACCAAUGCACUUAGACGGUUCUGAAUUCAAUCGCAUUUUAAGAUAUAAAAGGUCCUACGACAAUAACGAUGUGAUACGCGGUCCCUACAAUGCCAACAAACACUCGUCCUAUGUUGAACUUGUCAUUGUGGUUGAUAAUAAGUUGUAUAAAUCGUUUGGUGAGAGUCCGAGGAAAGUACAUCAGCAUUGCAAGGAUUUGGCGAAUAUCAUCAAUGCGUUAUAUGUACCAUUGAAUAUCUUCGUUGCACUGGUGGGUGUGGUCAUCUGGAAUGAGUACAAUGAAAUUGAGUUCUCCACCGAUGGGGAUCUAACGCUACGCAACUUCCUUAACUACCGGCGUACAAAACUGGUGCUGGACCAUCCCAAUGAUAACGCGCAGUUGCUGACCAAAGAGCAAUUUAGUGGUGGCGUCGUUGGCAAAGCGCUGAAGGGUCCCAUUUGCACGCACGAGUACUCGGGCGGCGUUUCGAACGAGCACAGCCAAAUUGUUGCCGUUGUGGCCACCACAAUGGCACACGAAAUGGGUCACAACUUUGGCAUGGAGCACGAUUCGUCCGACUGUAAGUGCCAGGAUGAGAAAUGCAUAAUGUCCGCUUCGUCCACGUCCGUGGUGCCAGUUCAUUGGAGCAGUUGCAGCAUCGACCAGCUGAACAUAGCCUUCUCGCGUGGCAUGAACUAUUGCCUACGCAACAAACCCACCAAACUGUUCGAGUCACCGCAAUGCGGCAACGGUUUCGUGGAGCCUGGCGAACAGUGCGAUUGUGGGCUGCCCAACUACUGUGAGAAUACUUGCUGCGACCCGUACACUUGCAUGCUGCACACGAACGCGUCUUGUGCUACUGGUGAAUGUUGUGAUUUGAGUACAUGUCGUCCCAAAGCGGCCGGUCAGGCAUGCCGUGUGGCCGAGAAUGAAUGUGAUUUGCCCGAAUACUGCACCGGCGAGUCGGAGUACUGUCCGGCUGAUGUGUUCAAACGUGACACCGAAGAGUGCGACAGCGGACAGGCCUAUUGCUUCCAAGGUAAUUGCCGUUCGCACUCGCAACAAUGUCGUAUACUGUGGGGACCGACCGGCGAGAGCUCGGAACAUUGCUACAGCAAGAAUGUUGAAGGCAAGCGUGGCGGCAAUUGCGGCUUCGAUCGCAUCAACAACACAUUCAUUAGGUGCGAGGAUGAGCACGUACGUUGCGGCAUGUUGCAUUGCCGACAUUUGAAUGAGCGGCUGGAAUUCGGCAUGGAGUCGGCAGCGGUGUUGUCGCAUUCGUUCAUCAAUCAUGAGGGUAAUAUAGUGCCGUGCCGCACAGCGCUGGUCGAUUUGGGACUACAAAGCACAGAUCCCGGACUUACGCCCAACGGCGCCAAAUGUGGCGAUGACAAAAUGUGUGUCAACCAAAAGUGCCUAACGAUAGAGCGUGUACGUGCUACCGGGCUCGGCAAGCAGUGUCCAGAUAAUUGUAAUGGCAACGGUGUAUGCAAUAGUCUCGGCAAUUGCCAUUGUCAUUUGGGCUAUACGGGCAGUACAUGUCGCCUGCCAGGACCCGGCGGCUCCAUCAACAGUGGACCGGCGUCGUCACCAACCAGUCACCAAGCCUUCCAGAACUUCAUGUACAUCUUCUUCUUUGGUGUGAUACCGUUUAUGGUGUUUAUUAUAUGGCUCUCUUACUACAUACGCAAUCGACGCUUCUUCAUUGGCGGCAAGCUGGCUGAAAAUAUCAAAAAAGCGGCCAGCGCCAAGCAAGCGCCCGCCCGUCCGGAUCAUGGUCCUCAUGGCGGUGUUGGCGGCAGCGGUGGACACAGCCUGCCCAAGUCAACGCCCAGCAGUACGGAUGAUAUGAACUCCGCUUUGUUAAAGUCCCCCAGCGACUCGAAUGAUACUUCUGUUGGCAAUGGCAUGUUCGGCAAAUUCAAAGGCUUCACCCUACGUCCGCUCAAUGAUACCACAUCACCAACCAACAACUUCAAUGCACCCAAUGUGGCUUAUGUACAGCCCACAGUGCAGGACACAGCAGCGUUGAAUGGCGGUGUACCGCAACGCUCGGCGCCACCACCACCAUUGGUUAAAGGUAAAUCGGUGGAUGCAACGCAACCCACUCGCUGGGCGCCACCGCCACCUGUGAACUUGGCAAGUGCACCAGCAUUACCUCCACCGAAUCCCGGUUCGAAUGCGCGCCCGAUCAUUUCGAUGCCGGUAUUGGAAACGUCAACAAUGACGCUGCCACUAAAGCGGACCAGCGGUGAGGUGUCGCCCACGCCUUCCGCACCGCUACCACCUGGCAGCUGCAGUGCCAGCCAAUCUGGUACGUUACCACGUCCCGCGCCACCACCGCCGGUGCCUUUACAUUCAGACCCAAAGCUGAAUGUGAAACGUGAUGGCACCAUACGACGUAUUGCCUCUUUUCUGAAAAAGGAGGACAAGGCGCCAUUGAAGGAAAAGACCUACAUCGACCGCGAGAAGUUGAAGAACAUUGAGAUAUCAGCACCAAUGCCAGUGGCCCCACAAGGCGAGUCAUCCAAUUCUGAUUCGGAGACCACACCUAAGGAGGAGGAAACAAAAAAUUUGGUGAAACGCGCACAGUCAAUGCGUUCGCCGACAAAGAAAACCAACGUGCAGACUUUUGGUUCGAUGCGUUAUGCGCCCGGUAGCGCACGACCAAAGAGCGUAGCGGCUGCCGCGGCGGCUUCGCGUCCUAAAAGCCCACCGCCACGUCCACCACCAUUGAAGAAAACGAAUUCAACAACUUCUUCUGGCUACGCAUUGCCUGUCGCCACUGCGAAGUCUAAUAUGGAGAACACAUAUGAUGAUUGCGAGUUUGUCGAACAGCCGCUGACUACUGUGGGCGAGUCGAGUGAGGCGGAUUCACCCACUUCAACCGAUAAUAUAUACUCCGUGAUUGAUGAAAUUCCGCCCGCGGCACAAACAGUUAAGCGAAGUGAUUUCAUUAAUGAAAGCGCUGACAUGGGUCUGCUGGGUGAAAUUGUAAACGAAAUUGAGAAGCGCAAUGGUGACUCAAUCUACAGCGCAUCAACGCUGGUAAAAAGUAAGCCUCAGUCCGCGGAGGAAGCAAAAAAUGCAGCCAGCGAUGUGAAAACGACACCAAAUACCGCAAAUAGCGGUAGCACAAACCAUGACGCCAAUGCAAUAGUUGAAGCAGCGAAGCCGUCUGCAAGUGCAACACCCAUUACAGCGCAGACUGUGCCUACUUACUUGCGUCCGGCGCCAGUGAACGCGCCAGUUGCGCGGGUAGCGCCUACGCGCGCUGAUCUUUCAACCUCCACAGCAUUCUCUAGCUUUAAGCCCAGCAGCUUAAGCGCAGCACCCACUGCAACUGGUGCCGCUGCCGCUACCAACAAAAACAACACAACUACUGCCGGCAAUCGUCUCAGCGGCGGUAACGCUGCGGCGGCAAGAAAUAGAUCAUUCACCAAAACACCUGUGACUGCAAAUUCAACAACAACAACACGGACAACAAACAGCAGUAAUAGCACAGCACUGCCGUCCGCUACAAUAACAAAACCAAAACCGCUCUCCGCGAAACCCUCAUUCAAUAGUCAAAAGAAAGUGACGCCCGCGCCCAGUGUUGGCAGCGCAGGCGCGCGUUUUGCUGCCACCGGCACGCCACGAACGGCGCCCACAGUAAAGUCAGGAAACAUUGCUUCGCUGACGCAACGCUUCGAAAAGGGCGCGACAACCAGCGCGAGAAAGUAAAACGUAUGGUGCGCUCAUUAGUUCCCCCAUGGCAGCUUUUUUGGUGCAUUUGCUCCGAUUUUUUUAAAUGUCCCACACAUACCAAACUGAUAUUUAUGUAUUCUAUGCGUGUAUUUUUACUAAGUUUAAAUGCCUGAAGAGAGAAAGGAAGUAUAUAGUUUCAAAAUGCUAUUGUGCUGUAAUAAGGCAUUUGGCGCUCGGACAGAGUGUUUUAAGAUUGUUUGCGACAUACUAUAAUUGAAUUCAAGCGAUAAUGUACAAUAGAGCAUAUUGUAAUGAAAUUUAAACGAAGUAUGCAAAAUUUAUGAAAAUUAAGACGAGAGAUAAAUUAAACCAAUUCAAAAGUGAUAUUCAUUCCUUGGCAUAUUAUAACGUCGAACGAAUUCGUUGUAGUUGUAUGUAUGUAUGUAUAUUGUACGAAUAUAGUGCACCUAAAGCUAUGCUUAAACUAUAUUUUUUAAAUUAGUUUAUAUGUAUAAAACGAAACAUGUUUUGACCCUCAAUUUGUGCGUGGUAGCUUUAUGAUAAUAAUUUGAAACGUUAGCUUAACUUCUGUAAAUCAUAUUUUUAAUUGAAAUAAAUAUUGGCAUGCAAGCAGCGAGAAAUUUUAUUUUCAAGAAUCUCAAAUUUUGUAGUAUAAGUGUAUAAAUAAUGUAUUAAGACUAUUGUGUUAUCCACGGCAUGUUUUGAUUAAAUUUUUAAAUUGUAAAUUAUUUUUCGUAACAUUAAAGUUUCGCGAUGUAUUAGAUAUAACUAACUAUAUCCACUUAAUAUAAUAUAAAUCAAGAGAAAAAAUAAAUUCAAAAACACUGCCCGCUUAUGCAUUACAAAUAAUUAAUGUUUUAGCACCGCGAGAAAAUGUUAUUCAAGAAAUUUUGGAUUCAAAUUAAGAUUAAGAGUUCCCAAAACCGACACAAUUUCUUACAUGUAAAUAAUAUCCUUUGAAUUUUAUAUAAUUUCAUAUUUUAAAUACUUCGUUGUUUGAAGUCUUCAGUUGAAGAGUGUCUCCAGAUAUAAUGUACACAAUAAAUAAUAUUACACAUUUGCCGUUUAUUUCCGUGAUUUUUUGUUUACUGAACAUUACUGCCUUAACUUAAGAUUACCGCUACAAUGAACUUUGGCAGCUUUUGAACUCACAAAUAAACAUUUAAUAGUUUUAAGUGAUGAAAGUGAGUUUUUAGCCUUUUUCUAACAUCGACUUAAAUAAUAACCUCUGCUGCAGAAUGCUCAAACAAGCAGGCUAACGAACCCAUUUAAAUGUUUUACUGAUAUAUUGAUUGAUUUCCAUAACGAACUGUUUUCUGUAUGUUAAACUAAAAAUCGAAGCCAAAGAAAUCAUAAAGUGCACUGAGAUUUCUUUCGCUGCUAUAAAUAUGAGAGUAUUUUAAAUAAAAAAACAAUAACUGA